AUGCACACAGCUCCAUCGAAGUAAUACCCUGCAGUACAACUUUAACAUAUUACGCUAGUUGAGCAAUUUUGGCAAGGCGGUAUGCAAGGCUGACAGAUUUAUGAAUUCAAGUAGUAACCAUCCUUACAUUUCGAGCAUUAAGUAUUUCCAGAUUCUGAACAUUCUUUGCAAGGUGGAUCGCAAACAAUACAUUGAUGAGUUGAACUAUCGUGAUAAUAUUCAGGAACACAAGUUGAGCACGCUGUCUCGGAUUCACAAUGAUCGCAUGGCGAUAUGCAAGGAGAGCAGGUAUUAUUAUUCAUCAAAUAAUAUUUUUGUUAGCAAGAAAGACAAUGAUUAGCUUCAUUUUCACAAGUUUCACAAGGACUGUUGCAUUGAGUGCAAACAACACCUAAUAAGAAGAAUCCAGGAGAACAUUAUUUGCAAAUACCAUCCAAAUAAUAAUUCUAUUGGCAAGAUGUACAUGCAAAAGCGUCAGUGCAUAAAUUACAUCCAUCAGGACAAGCUUCACAUGAGCUUCCUUCUAAGUAAUAACUAUCAGCGCAAGAUUCACAUUGAGUUUCAGAAGUACAUGUUUUACAUCUAUUAUUACAUUCUGUACAAGCUUGAUUAUCAAGCCAAUAUCCAGCAUCACACGCAGUACAAUCAAUCUCAGCAUUGCACUCAAUACACGGAGCAACACAUGGUUAGCAUUCAUUUCCUGAAAGGUAUUUCCCUAGACGACAACUAGAACAAUUUGUAUCGCUGUCAAAGCACGAAUUACAAUUUGUUGAGCAAUUAUAGCAUUUUCCAGAUGAGUAAUAUUGAGUGUUCGUACAGGGUACGCACUCUCCAUUUAAUAGUUCAUAAUUGUCAUUGCAAGAGGUGCAUUCAGUGCCAGAAUCACAUUAAUUACAAUGAGGUGAGCAACUUACACAAGUUGUAUUAUCUAAAUAAUAGCCUAUUUGACAAUCCGAACAAUUAGUGGGAGAGAUUUCACAUAAUGUACAAGUCGAAUCGCAUUUUUCACAACUAGAACCAAGAAGAUAAUAUUCAUUUUGGCAGGAUUAGCAAUUGCAAAUUUCAUCAUAUUAUUAACACCUUACAUUAACUAAUUUAAUAUUUUAUUAUUACCACAACAAAUAUUAUUUAUUAAUAAAUAACCUCCUUAGCACUCACUACAAGUAUUAACAUCGCUUUUGCAAUCAAUACAAUUGGAUACGCAAGCUAUAAAGUAUUAAUACUUAUUACAUUAACAUUAACUUUCUGCUAAAGUGUAGCCUUAAAUGCAUUCUAUACAAUUUAUGUUUUCAAUGUCGCAUUAUCCACAUUUGUCAUUUGA